CCUCUCGCUGUCCUCAUCCAUCCGUCCACGCUUCCUCCUCUCUGGAUGGUGCGUUUGGAGCGCUUUUGCAGGACGGUCGGUAUCCGGGUUUCUGUCUGAUGGAUCCGGACUAAAGAGAGACAAGCUUCGGUCGGAAGAGACCCUCGAAGAUCCCGCAGCACCGACCCCGACCUGCGGCUGUGAAAAGCCGGGAGGAGCGGGCAGGAAACAGGGGAGCCACUGGAGAUCCUCCAUCAUCUGAAGGCUUCUGUUCCUGGGCCUCUCUUGGGGAUUGUUUUUUUAAACAUGCACGCUCCCAUGAGUGUGUAGAGUCAAGAAGAAGGUUUUUUUUCAGUGUUAUUGAAUAGUAGAGAUGGGCUCUGUGGGAGCUGAGCGUCGCAGGCCAACCCCGGCUCAGACGCCUGAGGAGAGGGAUGUGUGGAGGGAUGGAGGCAGAGCUGGAUGGAGGGAGGGAAGCAGGGAGGGGUGGAGGGAGGGGAGGGAGGGAGGGGAGGGAGGCGAGGGAGGCAGGGAGAGCGGCGUGGUGCAGAGCUUCAGCUUCGACUCAUACCAGCUGGAGGAGGAGGAGAUCAGUAAAGACGCCCCGGAGCGAGGAGUGCUGGCGCUGUCCGAGCCCGACUUUGAGGAGCCGAUCCCUGACGACCGUUACCAUGGUAUCUACUUUGCAAUGCUAUUGGCUGGCGUGGGUUUCCUGCUCCCGUACAACAGCUUCAUCACCGAUGUGGACUACCUGCACCACAAGUUCCAAGGGACGUCCAUCGUGUUCGACUUGAGUCUGACGUACAUCCUGGUGGCUCUGCUGGCCGUCAUCCUGAACAACGUGCUGGUGGAGCGGCUCAGCCUGCACACCAGGAUCACUGUGGGUUACAUCCUGGCUCUCGGGCCGCUGCUCUUCGUCAGCGUGUUUGACGUGUGGCUGGCCAAGUUCACCACCAGACAGGCCUAUAUCGUCAACCUGGUGUCAGUGGGAGUGGUGGCCUUCGGAUGUACAGUGCAGCAGUCCAGUUUCUAUGGUUACAUGGGGAUGCUGCCCAAGAGGUACACACAGGGGGUGAUGACCGGAGAGAGUACAGCAGGUGUGAUCAUCUCCCUGUCCCGCAUCUUCACCAAGCUGCUGAUCCCGGACCAGAGGAGGAACACGCUCAUCUUCUUCCUCGUCUCCAUCAGCAUGGAGAUGCUCUGCUUCCUGCUCCACCUGCUGGUCCGCCGCUCUCAGUUCGUCCGUUACUACACCAGCCACGCGCAGGGCAAAGGAGCAGGGAAAAUACCCGACGCGCGAGACAACGGGACCGGAUACCGAGUGCACCACGACGUCACCGCAGAGGAAGUAAGAUUUGGAAAUGGAGGCCCAGCCCCGACCUCUGCAGAGGAAGUCGUAGAGGACUUUGAGGGAGGGACGUAUGUUCGAUUCGACGCACCUAAAGCAAAGAUAAGGAGGAGCUGGCCCGGUGUCCGAGACAUGAUCCUGCAUCGUUACGUGGUGUCCCGGGUGAUCUGGGCCUACAUGCUGUCCAUCGCGGUGACCUACAGCAUCACUCUGUGUCUGUUCCCCGGCCUCGAGUCCGAGAUCAAGAACUCCACGUUAGGAGAGUGGCUGCCCAUCCUCAUCAUGGCCACCUUCAACAUGUCCGACUUCGUGGGCAAGAUCCUGGCAGCGCUGCCCUACGAUUGGUCCGGCGGCCGUCUGCUCUUCUUCUCCUGUCUGAGGGUGGUCUUCAUCCCCCUCUUCGUCAUGUGUGUUUACCCGGCCAGCGCUCCCAUCCUGUCUCACCCCGCCUGGCCCUGCCUCUUCUCCCUCCUCAUGGGAGUCACCAACGGAUACUUCGGGUCCGUGCCGAUGAUCCAGGCUGCGGGGAAAGUGCCGCCCGAACAGAGGGAGCUGGCAGGAAACACCAUGACGGUCUCCUACAUGACGGGUUUGAUGGUCGGCUCCGUCGUGGCGUACGCAGCUUACAGCUUCGCCACUCCAGCGUCAGGACCACGCUUCUCCACACUCGGCAUACCUGCCAAUGCUACCGGGUUUUGAAAGACCACACACAAUAAAAACACACACACACACACACACACACACACACGCACACACACACCUGCAGCCAUUUACACACACACACAAAAUCCAGAAGAAGCAGACUGGCGGACUUGAGCUGCAGGAAAGGAGAAGAAAAAACUCUAGAGUUCAUGUUUAUACUCAGGAUUGAUUCUCCUAGUACAGAUAAUUCUUCGAUUCGGCUUUCUGGAUAAAUAAGUGGAAGAAGAAAUGGAGAAAAUUAUGUAAAACAGUGAAAACGUAGCACUCUCUGUUGGUCUACUGGCCUUCAAAUGUCCCGUCUCCGUUUCCCCGGAGGAGAGGAGUUGUUCAUCUGUCAGAAAGCCAACAGAAGCUCUUUGAGUGUGUCACCGUGAAAUUAUUGUCUGCAUGUGUGUGUGUUUGUGUGAACACACCGGCUGACAUUUGUACAGUGUAAAGCCAAGCGUCUUUUCGCUGCAGGGAAAAAGAAACAGCUCGCAGUUUUCAUGAAGACGGGUCACAUAUGUUACAUUUCACCAUGUGGAGAAAAUAUGUCAGUGUGAUUUUUCUGGAUCAUUUAUUUCAGAUAUUUUUUCUUGAUUAUAAUUUCUGGAAUGGAAUAUGUGGAGACAGAUUUAAAGGGAUAGUUCGGAUUUUUUAAAGUGGGGUUGUAUGAGGUACUAUCCACAGUGUAUUAUCUACAGUAGAGUUUGUAUUGUUGGACUUUAAUUAACUACAAGUCACACACUGAUAGUACUUCACUUCAAACAAUCCCAAGUGUACCUUUAAGUUUUUGCCGACUGAAAGAACCACAUCUGAUUGUAAACAGAUUUCAAGAUUAACAAGAAGAGCAAGAAAAGUAUUUGAGUAUUUAAACACAAAGGUUAUUGGACAUGCAUUUAUAGUAGAGGUAGUGAUCAUUGAACAGGUCACACUGCAAUAUAGAAUUAGAACCUGGAAAUACUUUGUAAUUUUUGUUUUACUGUGCCUUUAAAUUAAAUCCAGUUUACAGUUUCAUGGAUGAGAAACAAAACACUGUCAAGUCUUGAUUGAGUUUUUAUUUUAAAUGUUAUUCAAAUGCAUCUUUCUUGUAGAAAAUACAAGAUUGACUGUAUGUUGAUUGGCUCCAUUCAUCUGGUUUACUGUGUCUUGGUUUGAAAAUGAGUUGUGUUUAUUUUCAAUAUAUACUCUAGUAUGUCUGAAUUGGAUCCAUUAUGAAGCUAUUAUGUUCAUGUGCAUCAGCAGCUGCAGCUGUAUGGUCUCGUUUUUCAACAAAUUGCUAAAAAAAAGACGAGGAAAAAGCUGAUUCCUGUCUGUUUAGUGACUUUCACUUUACUCCUUGCACCCUCUGAUGGCUGCAAAGAGAACCAAAUGUGGGUAUGCGUUUACCAGAUGGGAUAAUGAUAGCUGUUGUUUAAAAAAAAUAUGUUUUGUGUCCCCUUUGUGUCCCUCUGAACUGUGUUUGUGUAUAACAUCCAUGUAAUGAUAUGGGUUACUAUGGGGGAAUAUGUGCCAAAAAGUCUGCCCGUUACUGAUCAGCUGAAAAAAGACUGAAUGUAAGAUAAAAGUUGUAAUACAGAAUUAAAUGCA